AUGACGAAGCCAGAAGAGGCGUCGACGCUUGAGGGUCUGCCUGAGCCUGAGCCUAAGCCUGAGUCUAAAACAGAACUUCCCGUCUUGCGCCGUAUGGAGGUUACUGGGAGUGACGGGGAGAGUGGGCAGCAGGGACUCGUGACGCGUGGUGAGAUCCCGGAUAGUGAGGCUGAUGUGGAGGAGGAGGAGGAGGAUGCUGCCAGUCCUGUUGAAAGCGGCGUUGGCGGGGACGUUGGUGAUGGUGGGAAGGCUGGUGGCGCUUUGCUGGCUGAGGAUCCGCUCGUCGAUGAUCAGGAGGCUGUCCGCACUCUUCGAUCGUCGUCACCGGAACCAUCUCCGAGCCGAGCAGGCACGUUGAAGGCUGCCGUGCAAGAGAAAGAGGAGACUUUCCCGGUCAUCGACAGUCUAGCUACCCCACCCGUAUCCACGACAGCUGAGGCCCAACCUUCGCAGGAUAUGCCGUCGGGGACGCCUGGGGAUUCGCAUCUCGAGGACGCGGUGGCUGUCAUGUCUAAUAAUGGGGGUAACCUGACGCAGGAGAUUAGCUCUUCUAUUGAGACAUCUGGGGAAAAAUUCGUGGAGGAGUUAAUCGAGCAUAGGGAAUCCCAGCUGCAGAGGGUUGAGAUUCCCCCGUCUUCCGCCGAGGAGAGUGCUGACGAACUUGAGACGAGUGGGGCUAAGAAUGUAGAGCAGGGCAGAGAUGUGUUAAUGAGCAAUGAACCUGUCUCAGAGCAGGACACGAUUGAUCUUAUCCGGGUCUCGUCGGAGGGUAGCUACGAGGAUGGAACUAUUGACGAGAAGAUGGGCGCAGCUUCUAUGCCACAGGUCUCCCUUACGGCUUCGGAAGAACAGGCUCCAAAAGCUCAGCCAUCACCCGAGAGAAAAGUUAUCGUUGGAGAUGCUGAGGUGCACUCAGCCACUGUCACGAACCAGCGACCUGCCGAACAAGAGCAAAACCCGGAUAUUCCAUUGUUAGGAAACAACACGGAUGAAAUUUGCGAUAAAGAAGCGCACUCCCUUUUCUCUGGCCAACAAUCUAUAGCGUCAGGUCUGGAAGAGGUCCAAGUGCCUGAGAUUCCGUCAUCUGGGGAUACAGCAGACGAUGGUGCGGACGUCAAAAUGCUUCCACUUCCGCUCCCAGACCACCCUGCGUCGCCACGCAAGCAAAAACAAGAAAUUGGGGAUUCAGAUACCCAAUCUACAGAAAGCAGGGAGGAGCCCGUCGAUGUUGAGAUGACGACAGAAAUUGUGCCGGAACUCCCUUCUACGGGAAAGACUGUACCUCUAUUGAUCCCAGAUAGCGACGAAGAUGAGGAUGAGCAGAUCGUCGAUGACCAUUCAUCUCAGAAGAAGGUCUUGGAGGGCGUCAUAAUGCCAGCUGUCGUACAGCCUUCUAGUGAUCUGAACAAAAAGGGCGCAUCACGAGCUACAGAAGUCGUAUCUUCACUACGCAAGCCAGACGCUUCCCCCGUGAAGGCUCCAACCACGACGUCAAAUAGCCAACUCAGGACAUCGGGUGCGUCUUUCAAAGCACCAAGCACCACUGCCUCUCCAGCUUCAUCACAGACCAAGCAUGAUGACACUAAAUCCCCAUCCCCGCCUCAGAGCUCCAACGACAUCCUCCUCGCCGAGCUCAAAGCCAUGAAACUCGCCUCCAUCACGGCCCGCAACGCCUCCCUCGCAGCCGAAAUUGUGGCCAAACGCGCCAAGUUGGAAGAGGUCACUGCUGAGCUUGCGCACCCUGCUGCCGAGACGGUGAGGCGGCACAUCAAGCUACUACACGACUACAACGAUAUCAGGGAUGUGGGACAGGGGCUUGUGGGUAUGAUUGCUGAUAACCGUGGGGUGAGGAUUGGAGAGUUGUAUGAGGAGUUUGGGGUGGGUUUGAAGGAUUGA